AUGGUUCUGAUGUUAGAAGUGGGUGCCCAUUCACUAUUAGAAAGGGAAUAUAUGUGUGAUCUCGCAGGAUGCAGCGAAGAGUCCCUUCGAAAGACGCUGGGGAUCCGCAUGAAACGUUCUGCAUGCUUCCUUACCAAUACCAAGCAAUUCAAAAGUCCGCCGCCUCUUUCUCCGGCCGCUGCACCUGAAAUCCCCGCCGGAGCUCCUCUUAUUCUUUAUGAACCCCAGAAAGCAGGCGAGCGUAAGGUAGAAGUAGACCCCAUGCUGACGCGGUGGCUACGCGAACAUCAGAGGGAGGGUGUGCGCUUUGUAUUUGAAUGCCUGAUGGGCCUCAAGGAUUUCGACGGCUUCGGCUGCAUUCUUGCAGACGAUAUGGGGCUAGGAAAAACUUUACAGACUGCACGGCGAGCUCUGGUAGUGUGUCCGGCAUCUCUGGUCAACAACUGGGCUGCAGAGUUGCAAAAGUGGCUGCAAGGGCGAUGUCCGUGCACUGCUGUAGCUGACAGCUGCAAAGACAAAGUUGUUUCGAAGUUUGAAGGCUUCAAAUAUGAUCGCCAGUCUCGCGUUCUCAUUGCGAGCUACGAAACAUUCAGAGCGCACGCGCAUCGUGUUGCAUCUGUCCCGAUUGAUCUUAUCAUCUGUGAUGAAGCACAUCGGCUGAAAAACGACAGGACGAAGACAUCCGUCGCUAUCAGCCAACUCCCCGCCAAACGCCGGCUCCUUCUCAGUGGCACUCCUAUCCAAAAUGAUCUGGACGAAUUUUUCUCCCUAGUGUCCCUCUGCAACCCCAAUGUCCUUGGAGAUGCGCAUACAUUUCGUAGACGUUAUGCAUCGCCUAUUCUUGUUGGAAGAGAGCCUGGAGCGACGGAGUCUGAACAGGAACUUGCAGCUGAAAGGCUAACAGAACUGUCUUCUAUUACGAACCUUUUUAUUCUUCGGCGCACGAAUGCCCUUCUGGCAAAAGUAUUGCCUCCCAAGGUUAUCAUCGUCCUAUCGUCAAUACAAGGACUCAUGAAGCUGUGUAACCAUCCCACGCUUGUUAAAAACCAGUCUCUCCUUCUUACGGGUUUCGAGAAGUGCGCAAAGCUCUUUGAGGAACUAGACAUAGAGGGCACAAAGGCCCGGGUUCGCUCAAUCCGGCCCGACAUGUCGGGGAAGAUGCUGCUUCUUGCAAGGCUGUUACAUGCCAUCCGCGUGAAUACAAGCGACAAGGUUGUUCUCAUCAGUAACUACACACAAACCCUUGACUUAUUUGAGCGACUCUGCAAGGAUUCUGGUUAUCCUUGCGUUCGCCUGGACGGCUCGACAUCAAUUAAGAAGCGCCACGAUCUUAUCACCAAAUUCAACGAGCCUAGUGGCUCGGCAGCUAACAGCUUCGCGUUCCUACUUAGCAGCAAGGCAGGGGGCUGCGGCGUGAACCUUGUAGGCGCUAACCGCCUCGUUCUCUUCGAUCCAGACUGGAACCCGGCUAAUGACAAACAGGCUUUGGCUCGUGUUUGGAGAGACGGCCAGAAGAAGACGUGUUAUAUUUAUCGACUUUUUAGCACGGGGACUAUAGAGGAGAAAAUCUACCAGAGGCAAAUAUGCAAGGACGGCCUUAGUGCCAUGCUCGUCAGCGAAGGGGAGAACCAAAUAAAGGACUCGCUUUCAACCGACAUAGUGAAAGACUUAUUUCAGCUCCGCGAAACGCGAUCUGACACACACGAUAUGCUGGAAUGUCGACGAUGCAAACCAAAGGAAGACAGCGAACCGCUUGGAAUGGUCCCACAGCUUUCAGAUGGCUUUGAAGAAGACGAUCUUCUCACCUGGGCGCAUCACUCGGAUUUGAAGACUGUCCCUGAUGCAAUGUUGCUCAAGGCAAUUGAGGCAGAGCAGGAGAAUACUCCAGAACGCACUUUGCUGGGAUUAGGCAUUUCAGAAGAUGAUAAAAGUUCUGAUAAUGUGAAGGAGGCGCCUGGCAAUUUUCAGCCGGUGUCAUUCGCAAUGUCGUGCCGAGUCGAAUUUAAUAAAGAGGCCGAAGAGCUUUUGGCAGCCAACAAGGUAAAUGCGACAUCAGUAUCCGCGCUGAAGAAGAAGAAGGACGGAGCUGCGUCCAGUGCAGAUGAUGCUAAGCCAAUUUCGGCAGCGUCUGCUCCUCUUCAGGGAGCCACAGCUCCAGAGGCUUCUUCAUGUUUAACGAGUGUUCUUGUUGCGAAGCCAUCCGGCAGGAAUAAUUCGAUAGCUUCGUCUGAUGGUGGGCAUGAUCUCAAUGGCGAAAUACCCACAGGUCUGCGCCCGGUAGUAGGCCCCAUCGAACAGCCCAUCAGUGAUGGCAGCGCCUCAGAACUUUCCAGUUCCGGUGAAGGCACUACGACAAGUGACGAUGACACGCAUAGUGAGGAUUCAGACGCAGUUAUGGAAGAAAGCAGCGACAGCGGCUCGGAGUAG